AUGCAGCGAACACGCUCUGCCCACUCGAUACACCGUCCGCUGUCGCGCGCCUCGACUCAGAGCGCCCACUCUCCCGCUCCCGACAUGCUGCAUCAACAACAAUACAUGAACCACCACAACCCCGAAACAAUGUUGCUACACUAUGCCCAGGGCUCAGCACCACACAUGGAUGCCCAAAUGAUGCAGCGCACCUUUCAAUCACAACACAUCCCCGUGGACCAAUUCACCGCCCAAGCUCAGCAGUUCGCGACCAAUGACGGCUCCUACAUGUUCCAACCCGCCGAGUACGCCGUCCCCAUGAACAUGGCCGCGUUUCCCCAACUCGGUGGUCAUGAGCCAGAGGAUCGCCGGCGCAAGGGUUCAUCCGCCACUGCAACCAACGACAAGGAACUGCGCGAGUUGCUGUCCAAGAACGAGGCGCGCUCAUUACCAGAAGUCGCCCAAGAAGUCAUCGCCAAGGAGCGCACUCCUCAAGCCGAAAAGACAAAGCAACUGUUCGCUAUGCUCUGGUUGCGCAAGGUGUGCAAGGCGGCCAAAACCUCGGUGCCGCGCAACCGAGUCUACUCACACUACGCUACGCGGUGCGGUACGGAGCGUGUAGUGCCUCUCAAUCCAGCAUCGUUUGGUAAGCUGGUACGAGUCAUAUUCCCGGGCAUUCAAACUAGACGGCUUGGUGUCCGUGGUGAGUCCAAGUACCACUAUGUCGACCUGUGUCUUGUCGACGACAAUUCGGACUCGCAGCUCAGCCUCCAACGCUCAAAUUCCAACUCGUUACACGCCGAAGCUGCCGACAUGCGCCGUAGUGCCUCGACCAACCCUCUUCUAGACUUUAACCAGGUGCCACGCCUACCUGCUGAUGCUGCCGCCUUCCCAUCUCACGGCCUCGACGGGACAGAAAGCAACGAUGGCUCAGCCGAGUCGCAACCUCCACCACUAGCCGAGCCUCGUGGUCCCCCAUCAACGGCGCGACUCUUUGCCUACCCAGAUACGCGUGGCAUGGUGGCCGACAACGACUGCUCCAUCAUGUAUGAUCAGAAUCUACGCUUCCCUGCAAAGGAGGAGACACCCUUCCAAGAAAAUGACACGAUUGUGCUGCCGAACAUCCUGCCUUUCUGCCCCGUCAAGACGGACCCAGACACGGCUGAAGCCCUCACCGCUCUGUACCGCACUCACUGCACAUCGUUGAUCGACUGCAUCCGCUUCUGCAAAGAGAAGCAAUUCUUCCGCCUCUUCACAUCCUUCCAUGGCACGUUAACGGUGCCUGUGCAGAAGCUCUUGGCUCAUCCUAACCUUGCACCUUGGAUUCAAGCCUGCGAUACCUUGAUGUACCAGAAGAUGGUUCGCUUCGUCUCCCGUCUCACCCUCCAGGCUGCACCGCCCGUCGUCAUCAACAUUCUCAACAACAUCUCGACCAACCUCCAUGCUCACAUCUCGAAAACAUUUGCUUCGCAUCCUACCCACGUCCUGCAAGCCAAGCUUAAGCCUGCCGCCACAUUUGCCAGUCUUCUGCAUCGUCUGAUCCGUGUCAAUGCUGCUGCUCACGCCGCCGCGAAUCUCCUCACCGUCGACCAAAACCGUGAACAGAUGUGGCGCGAGUGGGUGACCAUGGUCAAUCCUAAGCGUGUUAUGGAGGCCGAACUUCCUGCCUGUGGUUACGAAGAGGUCUACAAGAUCAUGACUUGCGACAUCAGAGGUCUCUUGGAACCUCUCAGCUCCCCACCCUUCCCCGACAAUCCUCUCUUCGCUCACGACAACCAAGCUUAUGGCUACGCUCAGGCCAAUUUCCCUACCUUCCAGCAACCGCCGGUUCAGGACCAAUCAGGACAGGUCUCGACCGAAAACGUUCUUGACAGAUGGUCCUCCUUCCUCACAUCCCUCCCUUCGCGCUUUCCUGAAGCCAACACGAGGCUGUUGCUGCAUUGCAUCAGUGCUGUUGGAACUGCAGCUCUAAGAGACAUUACCAUCAUGGGAGGUGCCAGCUACCAGACUUGGUGGGUCAUGAAGAUCUUUGUCGAUGAGAUGGCCUUGUGGUUGGCAGCCAUGGGUGGCUUCCUCGAGCACAAUCCCGUUCAUGCAGCUCCCGCCACAUCGAAUGCUCAGGUCUCGCCGGAGGUCAAGCCUAUUGACUCGAAUGCCAGCUUGCGCAGUGGCAGCGACAGCAGAAUGAGCAGCAUCGAAGUUGACUUCAAGAUGCAGCCAGUGUCCCGACCUGCUAGUGCUCAAAUGACACGAGCUCAUUCUACGCAAUCCAUGCACACCUACAAUGCCUCCUUUGACAUGGGAGGUCAGCCAAUGCAGUUGUCCCAAUCACAACAACUCUCAUCCCAGCCCCAGCAGAGGUUCGCAAUGUCGCAUCCACAACAGUCCUUGCCUUCUCAGCCUAUGCAAAGUCAAGGCCUAGAUACAGUCGAUCUGGAUGAUAGUGGCAUUGGGAUGGGUCUCGUCGACGACGACCUGGCUAUGUCCAAGUACGGCCUCUUGAGCGGCGACAUGUCGGUCAACGUCCUCUGA